CAACACUCUACCGUUGUUAGCUCUCUCUCUCUGCGUCUUGCUUGCUUGUCCCAACAGACUGCGCUUUUGCUCCCCCGAUCCCCCCGCCACCCAGCCACAGAAGAGUCUUGGACAGGCGUCCUUGGCGGCAUUUCGACCCCUCUAUAGGCCGCUCCCUCCCCCGCCCUCUUGGCAACCCGUUCGGCAACUGCCCCCUUGCCACCCUCGGCCGAAAGUUAUCACACGCAGCACUGAACAGCCAUGGCGAUAUCUGAUACCAAGCCGACGCCCCAGCCACCAGCACUUUCUGUCCAUUCUCCUUCCUCCCAUUUCUCCUUCUCCAUCACUGCUAUCCUGCCCACCAUGGCCUGUCCCGUAGCUCACGACAAGCAGGCCUCGCCUCCCCCCGGCCACCCGGAGCUCACGCCGACGCCGACCGACACGCCCAACGGCCUGACGACGCCAGGCUUUGAGCCCAACGCGCCCGCCUCGGUCGUGCCCUCCAACGAGGUCACGCUCGCCGCGCUCCUGUACGAGUCUGGCGCCGACGGCCGCACCGUCGACGACUGGCCGCUGCCCGAGGACCUCGACUUCUCGCGCCCCGUCUCCGAGCUCCUCCGCAAGGGCACGCAACGCGCGCACGUCGCUGCCGAGCACUCGGCCGGUGCGGUGGCGCUGACUAAUGGCGAGCUCGAGCUCCAGGAGUAUAUUCGCUGGCUGGCCAUCCUCUGGCGCGUGUACGACGCCCUCGAGCGUGGACUCGACGAGCACGCCACCAACCAGACCCUCGCGCCGACAUACAACCCCUCGCUGCUUGCGCGCGCGCCCGAGCUCGCCGCCGACAUCACGUACCUCCUCCCCCGCCUGCCGUCGUACGUGACCAAGCCGACCUCGCCACCUCUCAAGGGAACCGAGGCGGUGCCCCUCCCGCCGUUCAAGCUGCCCCCCUUCCUCGAGGAGGUGUUUGUCAACACGCCCGCCCCGCUCGAGGUGUACCUCGGCCGCAUCAGGGAUCUGUCGCGCAACGCCGACCUCGCGCCCCGCCUCCUCGCCCACGCCUACGUCCGCUACCUUGGUGACCUGUCGGGUGGCCAGGUGAUCGGCGCCCGCCUCCGCAAGGCGUACGGCCUCACCGGCCUCGACGGACGGAGGUUCUACUACUUUGACCUCCUGAACGACACGUCGGCCGCCGAGACGGGCGAGGAGACGGUCGGAGAGCGCAAGAAGAAGCUCAACGAGGUCAAGGCGUGGUACCGCCGUGGCAUGGACGAGGGUGCCGGCGAGGACGAGAAGCUCAAGGCUGCCGAGGUCCGCGAGGCCAACGUCGCCUUUGUCCUCAACACGCACCUCUUCUCCCUCAUCCAGCCCCCGUCAGAUAAGAAGCUGCGGUACUUUGAGUUGCGCGACAAAGAGAAUGAGCGCCGCGCCAACCUCGAGAAGCCCCGCCGGACGUGGUGGAGGACCAUCCAGCAGACGGUCUACUUCUUCCUCGCGCUCCUCUUUGGCCUGUUCCUCACCCAGAUUGCCGUCCCCUUCGUUGCCCCCCACAUCGCGCCCCACUACCAGCAGCACGUCCAGCCUGUCGUCGACAGCACCAUCGCGCCAUGGUGGAACGACAAGGUGUCGCCCUGGUGGCACAACCACGGCUGGCCCAUUCUCGAGAAGCAGAUGGCCAAGUCGCGCCGUAGCUUCAUCUAGUGGCGGGGGCUGACCGCGAGCUACAUCUCUAUACACCAAUUUUACAUCUCGUUUCAUCUCUAUUUGGUACAGCAAUGCACUGUUGCUGAUGCGGGCGUGGGGUGCACUGUUCGCAAUGAGGU